UUAUUUUUCUCUGGCAAUACCUUAAUCAUAUGACUAUUGACUGAUUCUGUGAUUGACAGACCGUCUGCUCUGCUUGUACCACCAAUCCAUCUAUUUUUCAGGCAAAAUGGGUGGAACUAUGGUAUUUUUUUGGGUUACCCUUGCUAUAUCUGUAAUUGGUUCCAACGCUUCGGGUGAAUUCAGUAUAUUGCACAGUCCCGAUUCAUUGAAAUUUUCUGGAUCUAGUAAAACCCUGGAAAGCCUACUGAAAGAAAUAUAUUCUGCAUCUCUUGGCAUGUCCGUAGAAGAGAAUGCAGAUUGGAACGGCUUAACAAUAGUUGACCCUUUCAACACUCCUGAGGCAGUAUUAGAAGUGUACAUUGAUGGUGUACCUUCACUUGGUGAAACUGCUGGCUUAAAAACGAAGAAUUUCCCACUGAUUGUUGAUGAAUAUGAACCCGAUACAUAUGAUGCUGUGAGGCACAGAAUCAAACAGAGGUUUACCAAUGGAGGCAACACUUUAGUUAACAUCAGACUAUCAGAUCCUGAUGAUUUAUCAUCAGUGUCAAAUGUAUUUGGUGAAGUUGUUCCGCCCAAGCUUUCCAAGCAGACAUACCAGUACUUGAAACUCAACAAAGAUAAUGAAGAGGAUUACUUAUUCCUUUAUGAACUGGAAGUGUUGAAGUUAUUGACUGCUAAAGUAAAUUCUGGUGCAAUCUCUGCAGACAACAUUGUUGAUUAUUACAAUAUCAGAUUCCGUUCCCUUCACGCUCUGUCGGACUUCCAUGGCCCUAACUCCAUGCAAACUAAAGAAGCUAAAAAUCUGCUCGCUCACGCCCUGCAAGAGCUGAGCGACGCGUUCGUGAAGGCGUACUCGGGCUCCGUGCUGGUGUCCGCCGUCACCACCGACGUGGCACACACCCGCCGCGUGCGCGCCGCGCCCGAGCUCCGCGCCGACAAGCUCCUCGAGGAUGUGGCUCGGCAAGGCAACAGCAGUGAAAUUGGAAAUAAGGAAGACAACUACACGGCCGACUACGCCGCUAUAUUCAAUAUCAUCCUGUGGUUCAGCGUGGUGUUCGCCUUCGCGCUGGUGGCCAUCGUGUACGCCAUCAUGGACAUGGACCCCGGCAGGGACUCCAUCAUCUACCGCAUGACCAGCACCAGGAUGAAGAAAGACAACUAGACGUCUUCUUUACUGAAGACCCGCGUACCGAGUAUUCUGUCGAAUAACGGUUAUAUUCCUUUUCUUCAUCAUCAAUGGUUCAUUUAUUAAUUAAUUAUUCUAUGAGUCAGCUCAUUAUGCGAGUUAAUUUAUGAGUGAGCGAAACGAAUUUGUAAAGUUUGACAGCUGUAAUGUGACGUCACAAUUAUCUCUGAUUGGCUGAUACUCCCUCACUAUUUUCUAGAAUGCACAGUUGCAGCAAGAAUGUUAGAAAUUCAGCCCAUUACAAUUAGCGCAAUGUGUUAAUAAAAUUAAUCUCCCAUCAUUCUGAUGUUAGUCUUGUGAGUUUUCUGUUCUUUCUAAUGCAUACAAUUCAUGCUCACCUAAACCGUUCAACAAUAGGUAAUUGGCUAAACACUCGGUAUGUGUAAACUGUGCUUUCACUUUUUAGUAGUAUUUAUUGGCAUAUUUUCCAACAUUCGAAACCGCUUAGCGGAAAAUUUCCUACAAGACUUUAUUUUUCCAGAAACACAUACACCUGUUUCUGUUAUAACGAGGUGAUUAUAGUUUAUAAAAUAUUAACUCGUUAACUUAUUGUAUUAUUAAGUGUAAAAUAAAUGUUACGUGAGUUGUAAUUAAUAUUAUGUUCAAAGUAAUAAAUUCGUUUUAUUUAAA